AUAACAGUUGUUGAAAGUGUGUGAGUGUGUAUAAGAAGAGAGAAUAAUAACUCCAGCUAUCUUCCAUUUUGUACAUUUCCAUCCUUCUUCCUUCCUCUCCAAUGAAUGCACCAGCUCUUUCAUUACUCUUCUCUUUCUAACUCUAACCUAGUUCUUCAUUUUUCAUCAUUUUCUCUCUAUCAUCAGAUCAAAAUCUUCACCACACAAUCAAAAACCAAUUUUUAUCUCAUUUUCUAAAAUGGGUUGUGUCUGAGAUGCAAGAAAUUUGAUUCAACAUAAAAAGGAUUUCUUGAAGAUAUAUUUAGCACACCUUCAACAAGGUUCUUCUUUAACUAUGGGUAGAGGCCGAGGAAAAGGGAAGAAGCAAUCUGUUAGUGUGGAUGAUCUUGUAAGUGAUGAAGAGGAUAAAGUACCAGCUCACAGAAAACGAGGAAGACCGUUAAAGCCGGUCACAGAUGAAAACGAAGAAGUUGAAGUAACUGAAAAGAUAGAGAAAGAUGAGGAGAAUGUAAAUGGUAAUGUUUCAAACAACGACUUGAAAACGCAGGUUAUCACUGUGAAUAAAAGGAAAAGGAAGAGGACUUCACAGGUUAAAGAAAAGAUAGAACCAAUGAAAGAGGAGAAUGGCGUCCGAGCAAAGUCUAGCCCUGGUGAUUCAGUGAAGUCUACUGGAUUCCGACAAAAUGGAAGCAGGCGUAAAAGCAAGCCUCGCCGUGCUGCUGAAGCUGGUGUAGAUUGCAGGUGAGAAAGGUUUUGUGGUGAUAGUUCAAUGCCCUUGGAAUUUAUGGAACUUUGCUAUCAGAAGUCAGGGUUUAUUGAUUAUAUAAGGCUUUUAUGGUUGCUUUUGCUUAUUAUUAUUGUAACUUUCAUAUGCUUUUGCCAAAAAUUGCUUACUUUAGUUUUGAGGCUUCAUUGUAGACUAUGUUACUAUAGAGAUACUAUUGCUAAACAAAUUAUUGAAAUUUUGUUGAUAUUCUUUUAU